ACAAGCAUACUUAAAACAGAGGACAUGUAUAUCCCAAAUUGUGCCAAAUUGUAGGGGCAAAUCAAUCCACAAGUAUCCAUAAUGUAAUCCAUCAGCAGUCCGAAUAUCAAAGGGAGAUGGAAAGCUUUUUGGCAUCGGAUGCUUUCGGUUGUUGUGGUCGCUGCUUUGCGGUUUACGUUUUGCGCUCAGUAGAGUAGCCCUCACAGCAGUGACCUGUAUCUUCUCAGUGCGUGUUUCUCAAAAUCUCAGCUGGUGAAGUUAACGGAGACGCUCGUUUUAACCUGGGUCAGCUCUGAUGACCUGACGAGAGCGGUCGAAGGCGGUGCCAGUGCUUAAACGCGGCUCCAAAAUGCAACCAGAUCCUCAGCGAACCCAGAGGCUACUGUCUGGGACCUCAAGCGACUACGCUCGAGAUGCGGAGUUGCUGCGGCCUAUACCGGAGUUGACUGUGGGACCUAGCAUACGCGCGCGAACGCAUUAUGACUACCCGCAGAUCGCUCCUUCGCCUCUGCCUCAGGGAGAUGGAGACCGACCAACUCCUCCAAAGGAACCAGAGCCCGUCCAGCAGCACUCCGAAGUGGCGUUGCGAUUAGGGAGCAUUCUUCUUGACAACUUGGUGGCGCAGCCAUGCAUAGUGCUGAGAAGACAAUGCCAGGUGCAUAGGACUGCCAGCAAGUACCACUUGACACCAUGGACGCUCUUUCCUAUCAUUGCGAGGUUGCAGCAGAGACAGGGCUUGAUCACUCUCUGGAAAGGUGCACCAAGCAUGUUUAUUGUACGUGGCAUCAUUGUGGUGGUGGAGACUGCCCUCGCUGAAACGACGUCACUUCCUCGGGAGCUCACGUCGCACAGCUCUCUUCGUCAGCUUUGGCAGCAUCUACUUCUCAAAAGUGUGGCCGUGGCUGUGGCGACGCCCUUCAGCUGUGCCAGUCUGGUGGAGGUGGUUCAGUGCGAGGCGGCCAGCGAGCGACCGGGCUUGUUCGACUGUUUGCGUGAGGGUCUGAUGCGCUUGCUGCCACGAGGGGGACCCAAGCGUGGUCGCAUGCUGCCCCUGUGGCGCCUCCUGGGGGCAUCAGUGGCACAUGGCCUCGCACACUACCUCCUUACUACCAUGGUGCAAUGGGCUGCAUUGCAGCUGCUGCGCAUGCACCGGCACAGGCAGCACAGACAGGUUCUGCUGCUGCGGCAGCAGGCUGGCAUUGUGCACGGCCCCAUGGGCGAUGCUCUGGAACCACCGCCAGAAGGUGCCUCAUUUCUCCAAGAAAUGGUAGCAUCACUCAUUGGUUCAUUUGUGGCAGAUGUGCUGCUCUUUCCUUUUGAAACUGUUCUCCACAGGCUCUACUUGCAAGGAACGCGAACCAUUGUGGACAACCUCGACACGGGUUGUUCAGUAACGGCCAUUAUCUCCCAGUAUCAAGGGCCUGUGGACUGCUUCCGGUGCAUAGUAGCUGAGGAAGGUGCGGCAGGCCUCUACAAAGGAUUCGGCGCUCUACAGCUACAAUAUGUGCUCCAGGGAGCCCUGCUCAAGCUGACACAAAUGCUGUGCCAGGAGUUCUGCCCACACGUCCUCUAGCGUCAUGAUGUGAUGUGACCGUGAUGUGGCUCUUUCUGCACAGCCAUCUUUGUUUCCAAGCACUGUGGCUAGACAAGUCGGGGCAACAGUGUGCUCGACAGCUAAAUUGAUUCGUGCCAGCGUACCACCUUGCUUUCCUUGCCUACACAGGCAAGCACAAGUAAUAUGGGAGUCGUGCAGUUGUGCACAAGACUAGCACCGCUUCAGAAUUACCUGGCAACAAGUGGAUCAGCCUAGAUUUGCCCUGGCACGCACAGAUUGAUAGUUAGAGCGGAUGAUCAGAAGCUGCAGUGACAGGCUAGAAAAAUUUUGUCACUUUUCAGCUUACAUAAUUGGUGUAAAAGGUGUACAGCCGCAUCUUGAAAAUGAAGUCUAAUAGAGAUUAAAAAAAGCUAUGCUGCACUGGGUGGUGAUGCCCGUAGACAACUAGUAUGCAUGUAGAACGGAGCUGCACAACACUACUGCACGCUGCCAAUUUCUAGGAAGUUGUGAAGUCUGGGCAUUACUUUUGAUUACGAUGGAUUUUAUUAUGAACUCAGCUGAAGGUGAUUUUUUUCCCUUGAAAUGGUACCACUGCCUUCUGGGCUUGUCGCUUGGCUGCCCAGGAAGGAUGCAGGUCUGGUGGCAGGCAUGGAAAGAAAAGCAAGGAGCGAGUUAUACAAUAAUGAACUAUGAAAACAAUAAUAAAUGCUGCUGUACCAAAC